AGGAUGGACUAAAAAGCUUAUCAAAGUAUUGACAAACAAAUCAUGUUCAAUAAUUCAUUGGCAUGGCAAACGCUGCAGCAACCCCUAUCCCAGCCCAAUAUCGACUGUACAAAAUUUCAGGACCACGUGCUUUCCAAUAUGGCUACCACCACACAGGUAUUUUCCAUCGAGGAUUGGCAUUUGUAACGAUAAAAGAUGCUGAAGAGAGGGCGAAUAAGCCGGGCUCCGAUUGUAAACAAAAUACCCUGGCUUCACAUGAGCUAAUACACACACGUCACUCCAGCCACUCGCCAAUCACAGGAGGGGUGCGUCAUCUUUAGCCAAUCAGCGCGCGUUAGUGGAGCGGCUGCCGAUUCACUAAACCGGUUAGAGUCACGCCCAUCUCUUUCACCGCUCGAGAUCAAAACAAUCUCCGCAUGUUCGCUUCCAAAACAAUUCAUUUAUGUUGUGUACGUGCAUGCCGUGCGUUAGACUUUUGCAGAUAGUUAUUACAUUUCUCGGAUGAGUUAGAACUGGAAGAUUAAUUUGUGAGAUUUAUUCCUUCAGAAGGAGUUUGCUGGUGUAAUCAUGCUCUCAAAUCCUAAGCGAACACCGAAGCGAUCCAUUAUCGGUACACUUGCCAGCGCCAUGUAUUCGGAUGGAAUCUUUUACCCCGUGUUGAUACGAGGCAUCAAGGCCCGAACACCGACCGGCGAAUUCGUGUACGAGGUCGUUCGGGAAGACGGUGUCGCGAUGGACUGCCAAGCGGACACGAUGGUUGGCCCGGGAUUCUUACCAGUUUCUCAUACUCAUCUCAAAUUCAACCAGCCCGUGUACACAAACCUUGAUGGCCGUGAAGUAAAAGCCAUUGUCCAGAAGCAUCGGAAGCAGACGAACGAGGUUUUGCUCAAAAGUGCCGAUGCCUCCGAGACGAAUUUCAAGAGGAAACUCGACGACGUCCGACUUUUGGAAAGUCGCAAGAUUGUUAAACUCACUGACCAUCACCAUCAUCACCACCUCACAGACUCUAACAGGCAUGAAAGGCUCGGUGAAAUAUGCCCAGAACCAAAGAAGCGACCCGUAUCAACCACCAUUGAAGUUCCAAGUCCAAGUGCCAAAACGCAGAAGACCCAUGAGGCUGAGCCACCGAUGGAUGACGUGAUGGCAGCCAUGGUGUUAACUAGUCUCUUUGGUAGUCCUAAAGUUGACAGAGAGAGGAACCCUUCAGGUGACAGUGUAUUGAGUGGAGGAGGUCCAAUGUCCCCAGCUAGUUCCUUCAGCUCCGGUAUAUCACCGAGUCCAUCCCCGUCAAUCAAUGCUCACUUCACGUGGGACCUAUCGAGAAGUACGCCAAGCCCUUCAUCCUCAAAUAAUAGUGAUAUGGAAAGCAUGCCGUGCCCUCCUUUCAAUACCGCCCAGGGUUCUAUCCCAUCAUCCUCGGCUCUGUUCAGCUCGUCGGUUGACGAAGGAAUCGACAUCAGUGGCGGGGGAUUGCCCUUCUCAAUGGAAGACAAUUUACACAGUGACAGUCCUACCAAAAAAUUCAAGCCAUCUGUGAAGACGUCCUACAAAUGUACCUGGCAGGGAUGCGGAAAAACACUCUCUACUGUCCAAGGCAUUGAGAGACACAUCAGGACUAUUCACCUCAGGAAAAAGGAAGGGGAGGAAUACAGUGAUCACGAAGAGGAAUUUUACUACACCGAGAUUGAUACUACAGUUGAAUCUGUUUCCGAUACCCUUGCGAACAUGUUCACGUCAUCACCACCUCCAUCCGCCGGUUUCGUCCUUGAUCAGAGCCGCCUACCACACCCUCAUUCUCAGAACGCCCACCCAAGUGUCCCUCAAGACAUCUCUCAAAAACCAAUGGAGGUGUCCUCUCCCUCUCCCAUCGUCUCCAAGAGAGGGCGACAUCUCUCAACGUCCAGUGACAUCGUUUCUUCUAGCGUCAUCGGUGACUCGACCAACCCACCUCUGGUUGGCUCGCUGCCCAACCAAGCAAUCGCCAUGAUUGCAUCUCCAGUGAGUAUUCCCAGCACCCAAGCUCCUUCGUUCUCUUGGUGCCCAGUCACGUCAUCUCCGACAUCAUUUAGCUUUCCCUCAUGCUCCCCACCCUCCCAGCCAUCCACGGGGAACAGAGUCCGCCACAAGUCGGCCCCUCACAGCUCAGCUGGACAACCCAAGAUCAGAUCGGAGGGGAAGAAAUGCCGCAAGGUUUACGGUAUGGAGAACCGAGACAUGUGGUGUACCCAGUGCAGGUGGAAGAAAGCGUGCGUCAGGUUCACCUAGAUACAGUGUCCUCAAGACCCUUUAGAGUUCAAGUAGAUACCAUGUAAUGGGAUGUUCGGUUUUCCAAAGCACAGUAUCCCCAUGAUGUUGUAGGGUUCACAUGGUGUGUUGUCUGGUUGACAGUACGGUAUCCCCUUGACCUUGUGGGGUUCAUGUAGAUACCACAUCAGCAUUUGUUUAUAAAGGUCUACCUUCUGGAAACAGUUGUCCAGUUCACCUAAGAACAGUGUCAACAGGGACUUGUGGGGUUCACCGAGAUACUGCCUCAUCAGAGGUCUGUUCGGUUCACCUAAAUACAGUAUCCCCGAGACCCUGCAGAACUUGCUCAGAAACUACACA